GUGCAAUGGAGGGUAGAGGGCGGCGAAGACUCACAGAAUUCCCCAAAUCCAUCCGGCCCAGGAUUGAUAUCCCUGCACUAAAGAUGGCAAAUGGGGCAAACCUUUGACUAGAAUUAGUAAACAACGUACAGCAUCUUAUUAUUGCAAUAGCUGGCUCUUUCAGUGAUAAAAUAAAGCAACAGAGAGCAGAAGUCCUAUAAUAAAAUGUGCUUAGAGACUUUAGAACAGGGCUGACCCCCUAUUUUAUGUUUAUUAGUGGAACAGAACAAAUGGUGUACAAUCUGGGGGAAAAGGCAACACCAGGGAAAUGUAUUGUGCAGUAUAUAAUGGUGGGACCACAAAAAAUGGUUUCAAACGAGGGAAAAAGUCAGGGAAUGUUAAACUGAGGUUUCACCUUCUAUAUUAUCCAGUGGAAACCCCAUGAAUCUGUUUGGAGGGCAUCUAUAUACAUCCAUUGCAGGACACUAGUAAAUCCUGCAGGCCCGGACUGGCAAUUGUGGGUUCUGGCAAAUGCCAGAGGGGCUGCUAUAAGGUCCCAUAGAAAGUCACUAUUUAGUGGGCUGGUGGGGGCUAUUUGGGCCCUAGUGUGGGCUGAUUGGGCCUCUGUGUACCUGAAAUACCAGGGCCUAUUUUGACUCUCAGUCCAGACAUGAUAUCCUGGUUUUAACUAUUAAACAGAAUCAGAUAUUUGGGCUCUGCAGGAGUAUCAUAACGUCAUUAGGGAUCUUGCUCACCUGUGUGACCAGCGACAUCUUCUCACGCUCCAUUGUGGAAGCAUAUGACAAGGUUUCUGAUCAGGGUUUUGUCAGCAUCACAUCUCCUAUUCUUGCAAAGCCUCUGAUCCCCAUGUGCUUGGACUAAAUAUGGUGGAGGAGAUCAUUACGAGGGAUCUGCUGUCAGCAGAUCUGAAAUGCAGCCUAUUUGUUGCAGCACUAAAGAGCUAUAAACGAGACUCUGUCUUGAGGCCGUUCCCUGCUUUGUAUACCAGCGACCAAUAUAAGGACUUUGAUGCUUUGAUUACAGAUUCGAGUGCCUUGCCCGGACUGCCUGAAAUCAUUCAAGAUAAAAACAACAGAGACCAAAAAGUACUUAACCUCCUCAGAUGGAUUUUAUCGGACAAGCUAUUUACUGUUAAGAGUGUGCCAAAGGAUAAGUAUGAGGAAAUCCAAGCCCUGCCAGGCUCUCCCAGUCAUGCCUUGCCCACUCCUGACUUCCUGUUUGAAUUAGAAUACUGCGAGAAGCUCAGCGCCAAGUUCCAGGAGACUCGCGGCGACAGGGACCUGAUCUAUGCAUUCCACGGCAGCCGACUAGAAAACUUUCAUUCCAUACUGCACAAUGGCUUGCACUGUCACCUCAAUAAGACCUCCUUGUUUGGAGAAGGCACAUACCUGACUAGUGAUCUGGGCCUUGCUCUUCUAUAUAGUCCCCAUGGACAGGGAUGGACAAGAAGUAUGUUGGGCCCUGUGCUGAGCUGUGUGGCCAUGUGUGAAAUGAUUGACCAUCCUGAUGUCAAGUGCCAGGCUAAGAAGAAAGAUUCCUCUGAAAUUGAUCGGAAGCGUGCAAGGGCACGGAACAGUGAGGGGGGAGAUGUGCCACAGAAAUACUUUGUAGUGACAAAUAACCAGCUGUUACGUGUAAAAUACUUGAUGGUGUACUCUCAAGAACAGCCUCGAAGAAGACCUAGGCAGCCAACAUGGUUCUCCAAACACCGGUUUGCUAUUAUGAUGACACUCUACCUGUUUAUACUGAUUCUUAUUGGACUAAGCAGCUCUAAAGCCUUCACCUAUCAUUGGAACCGACUUCUAGGCUGGAGACCAUGAGUUUUCCAAACCUACGGACCACACCACAUGCCUUAAUGAUGUAUCUGCUGUCCAGCAAUGCAUUUACUGUCCUUUUCCUACUCUGCACUUUGACUGGUCUAGUUGAAAACCAUUCCAAGACAUGGGGAAACUCUUCCUCUUGUUGGGUUGCCUAGUACCCUGUACUUGUCCUAGUGAGAAGAACCAUUCAUUUUAAUUAAAGAUUAUAACACUUACAAGACAAACGUGAGUAUUAGAUGCUAAAUAAGCAAUACAAACACAAGCAGGUAUUGAACAGACUGACAAAAAGAACUGCGCUGCUUGUUACAUCAUUUUGUAGCUAAGGUGGGUGCAAAAUACAUUUCUAACUGUCGAAAAGUAACUGUCGAAAAGAAAGUGUUAUGUCUUUGAAGCAGGGGAAAAACUGCUACAGUGUACUCAAAUGUUAUACAGUGGCGAAGCUUUUGUGAAUAUAUCUCAAUGAUAUUGAUUUGGACCAGUCACCUCUUACACCUGAGUCCAGAUCUACACUUAUUCCUAGGCUGUUACUCCUCCAGUAAACCAUCUAUACAAAAUAAAGGCAAUGCUAAUGUCCUCUUCCAA